GUAUAUAGAUAUGCUGUUAUGAUGCUGAAUAGUUUAUAAUAUUGGAAAUAUUUAUAUUGUGCAUUUUAAUAUAUGACAUUUUUGGCUAAAGGGUACAGAAAGUGUGACUAAUCAGAAGGGAGGAUUUUUUUUUUUUCCGGCUCGACUCCAGUAACAGAACCACGCGGUGAGCCGGUACCACAGCAUGGAGAGGAAAGUGCUUGCACUCCAGGCGAGGAAGAAAAGGACCAAGCUGAAAAAGCCUGGCAAAAAACCUGAUCCCCACCCGCGGGGAGCUGCCCAGCCUGACUCAGCUCUGCAGGAGCAAGAGGAGGAGAUCUUGGGCUCUGAUGAUGAAGAGCAGGAAGAUCCCAAUGACUAUUGCAAGGGUGGUUAUCACCAUGUGAAGAUCGGGGACCUGUUCAACGGCCGGUACCACGUGAUCCGCAAACUGGGCUGGGGGCAUUUCUCCACUGUGUGGUUGGCAUGGGACAUCCAGGGAAAGCGCUUCGUGGCUAUGAAGGUAGUGAAGAGUGCGGAGCAUUACACUGAAACGGCUCUGGAUGAGAUCAAGCUCCUGCGCGCAGUGCGAACCUCGGAUCCAAAUGACCCCAGCGGAGAGAAAGUAGUGCAGCUGCUGGAUGACUUCAAGAUUUCAGGUGUUAACGGUACUCAUGUGUGCAUGGUUUUUGAGGUCCUUGGUCACCACUUGCUCAAGUGGAUCAUCAAGUCUAAUUACCAGGGUUUGCCCUUACCUUGUGUUAAAAGCAUCAUUCGGCAGGUUCUGCAAGGUCUGGACUAUCUCCACACAAAGUGCAAAAUCAUCCACACAGACAUAAAGCCAGAGAAUAUCUUAAUAACCGUCGAUGAGUCAUACAUUAGGAAGCUGGCAGCCGAGGCCACGGAGUGGCAGAAAUCUGGAGCUCCUCCACCAUCCGGCUCGGCAGUAAGCACAGCCCCAGCUCCGAAACAGAUGGCAAAAAUGUCUAAGAACAAGAAGAAGAAGCUGAAGAAGAAGCAGAAGCGGCAGGCCGAGUUGCUGGAGAAACGCAUCCUGGACAUCGAAGGCCUAGAGAGAACAAAUGAAGGGGGUGAAGAUGAGGAGGACGAGGAAACGGAAACCCCUGACACGACUCCGUCAGUACCCAACAGUCAGACUCUGCAGGAAAUCACAGCCGAGGCCACCCUGGAUGAAGUUCCCGAACCCUGGUCUCAGCACAGAGAAUGCACCAUGGAUGGAAACUUCAACAGUCAGCACCCUGAGGACGAGAAGGCUGCCGAUGCACAGCAGCAAGAGAAGGAUGAAACUCCCGUCAACCCUUAUGGCAAUGUCACAGGAGAGGCGGAGUCCCAGCCCAUUAACCCCUACCCAGUGUGCAACGGGACGACACCCUGCGAGCCAAGCUGUCCUGAUGGUAAUGGACCUUUGCUUUGUGACGUGUUUGAGUCGCAGCAGAAACAGGAGACCCUGGAUACAAAGAAGCCGAACGCCUGUAACACAGUAAACAAUUGGGAAAUGGAGUCGAGAGCCAAGAAAGAGGUGGAGCCCAGUUCACAGGCAGGCCCAAACGUGGAGGACGCUAAGCUUGCAGCAGGGAAUCUGUUGGUGAACCCGCUGGAACCUCAGAACGCUGACAAAAUCCAGGUGAAAAUCGCUGACCUGGGCAACGCCUGCUGGGUGCACAAACACUUCACGGAUGAUAUUCAGACACGGCAGUAUCGUUCUCUGGAGGUACUAAUCGGUUCAGGCUACAGCACACCAGCAGACAUCUGGAGCACAGCAUGCAUGGCGUUUGAACUGGCGACAGGGGAUUACCUGUUUGAACCACAUUCCGGAGAGGAUUAUUCCAGAGAUGAAGAUCACAUUGCGCUGGUCAUUGAGCUGCUGGGUAAAGUUCCUCGUAAACUCAUCAUGAAUGGCAAAUAUUCAAAGGAGUUCUUCACUAAGAAAGGUGAGCUGAGGCACAUCACCAAGCUGAAGCCGUGGGGGCUUCUGGACGUCCUGGUGGAGAAAUACGAGUGGUCGAGGGAGGAGGCGCAGAGCUUCAGCAGCUUCCUUCUCCCCAUGCUGGAUCUGAUUCCUGAGAAAAGAGCUACAGCUGCCGAGUGUCUUCGCCACGCCUGGAUCACGUCGUAGUAGUCCAGGCGGGAGCAACACACAUGCACAGAUACUCAUCUCUGAUAAAGACUAACAGUCUGCUCAAAUGGCACACUUGGGUUUGUGAUGGAACAUGAAGGGGUCCAAUCAAACAGAUGUAAUAUCUAUUUAUUUCUCGUAAUGUUCCGUUCUUACGUACCGGGUGCAGUUUGAUGUAUCCUUCUGUUUUGAUGCUUUUUUUUUUCCCUCUCCCGUGUGCCGACAGCAUCUAACAUGCUUGUUUUCGUACGAGUUGUCCAAUAGCAGUUUAACAAUACGAGUAAAAAAAAAAAUUUCCUGUACAUUUUGUUUUAGUCGUCAUUGGUCUUUUUGACAGACAGCCAUGCUCAUUUGGGAAUACUGACGGAAGCACAAAUGUCCUGUUUCUGCUAUGAAGAGGUUGGUCGGUUUUUGGUUUGUUUGUUUUUCCUUUAUGGAUAGAUUUCCCAUUACAGCGCAGGCUGCAGGAGACGUAUGAAUGAUGUGGGCUGACAGUGAUGGCCUGGCUGUAAAUGGACAAUUACUGUAUAAACAGAUGUGAAUUCCCAGCUGUGCGUCCAUCACUUUGUCAUAUGUAACUAAAAAAAAAAAAAACUGACAAAUGUAAAAAUAAAUAAAAUGCUCAACUUGGGAUGUGUUGAACUGUUGGUGUUGAACGUCUUCACCACAGAGCCACUGGUGUCAGGAAACUCGUCUCGUGUUUUGUACAUACGUGUCCCAAAGAGUUGGCGCUUUUUCUCUGUGUCGGUAUUGUUGCAUUUUGCUUUGCUCAAGGGCACCGUUUGAGUAACCAAUACGAAGAUGCCUUGAUAAACGCUUCUCUGGGGUUUGUGGAUUUUUCUACUGAUGUUGCUCGAAGCAGGGUGUGAGUGGUUUUGUGUGUGUGAGAGAAUGAAAGUACUGUAGAGCAAUUUUUAUUGUGAAGGACUUGGACCCCGCUUGCUCUUUUUUGUAUUGAAAGACUUUCACCUUUUGACCCUUUCCGACUUCCACAAGCACUUCCUUUUUCCCGUUCCUUAGCCGCUAUGCUCUCAAUUGUUCGCUGCUUCAAUAAAACCCUUUCUGUAGUUAUGAAUAAAGACUUAAGUCA